AUGCCUAAAGAUUAUUCAUGUGAUUCCAUCUAUCAGUCCAUAUCUGACUCUAAACCUAGAAUAAAUAAAGUACCCUCUUUAGGUGUACAGGAUGAUGAAGUCAUUGUGGUGGCUUAUUAUAAAUUAAAUCCUGGCAGCAAUCUUUUUACCACUUUAAAAGGUGAAGUCAGUAUGGUGAACGUAUUGGCCACUACAAAUGGACUUCUUCAUAAUGCGGAUAACGAUCAUGUAUGUGUUAAUGAGUAUAGUAUUCUUGGUUAG